GGAAAAAGUCACAUUCUCUUUCUCCAUUUUAUGCCUUUCUUCUAUUCCCUUCUUCUUCUCCUCCUUCUCUUUCUCUAUUCAGAAUCGCUCUCUCUACUUUCUUCUAGAAUAACUCUUCUUAUGUUUCUCAACGUCAGGUCGCUGAGAAAAUGGAGGAAAUCGAAGGAAACUAAGUGAUUUUGUUGCCUUUUGCGCAUUGCUAAAGAGGGAUAAUCUUAGUCUGAUGCUUAAUAUCACGCUGCUAUUAAGCUAAUUUAGUCGAAUUUUAACGCAGAAUCACUAACUUUUGAAGUGAGAGGUGCGCAAGAGAUGAUUUGGGGAAUUAUUCGCCGCAGAGUUGCUUCAUCUUGGGUUACAGGACAGUCGGCGUCAAGAAUUAGGCCUGCCGCAGUCAGGCCAAGAUGUUAUGCACAAAAUGAGGCUGUGAUAAGUGGGAGCAAUUUUGAGCAUUUUCAGAGCUUCAGUUACUCCACUUCCUUAGGAAUUCAUGUUGCAAACCUAAGAAGGGAAGCUACUAUAUUGGUCCAACAUGGAAAUCACAUCAUUUCGAACAAUAGAUCAUUUUCUUCUAAAAGUGGUGACCUAGUUGAUGCUGUUGUCCCUUUCAUGGGUGAAUCCAUUACUGAUGGCACCUUGGCAAAAUUCUUGAAGAAACCUGGUGACAGAGUUGAAGUUGAUGAGCCCAUUGCUCAGAUUGAAACUGACAAGGUGACCAUUGAUGUGACUAGCCCUGAAGCUGGUGUUAUUCAAAAGUUAGUAGCCAAGGAAGGUGAAACGGUGGAACCAGGUACCAAGAUUGCUGUCAUUUCAAAGUCAGCUGAAGCUGUAACACAAUCUGCCUCACCAGAAAAGGCGGUUCCAGACACUCCCAUUUCAGCAGAAAAGGAGAGUGAAAAAGCACAAACCCCUACAGCAAAGACUUCCUCCACUAAGGAGAGUAAAAGAGCACCAGCAUCUGCACCAGAACCUGCGGCGAAAGCUCCUUCACCACCUCCUAAACCCAUGGAACCCCAGCUUCCACCGAAGGACAGAGAAAGAAGAGUUCCUAUGACAAGGCUAAGGAAGCGAGUUGCAACACGCUUGAAAGAUUCCCAAAAUACAUUUGCAAUGUUGACCACAUUCAAUGAGGUUGACAUGACAAACUCGAUGAAGCUCCGCUCUGAAUACAAAGACGCAUUUGUGGAAAAACAUGGAGUGAAAUUGGGUUUUAUGUCAGGAUUUGUGAAAGCUGCUGUUAGCGCACUUCAGUACCAACCAGUUGUCAAUGCUGUCAUUGACGGGGACGAUAUCAUUUAUAGAGACUACAUUGAUAUUAGCAUUGCUGUUGGCACUCCAAAGGGCCUUGUUGUUCCAGUCAUCCGCAAUGCUGGUAGUAUGAACUUUGCUGAGAUAGAGAAGGAGAUCAACACUCUAGCGAAGAAAGCAAAUGAUGGUUCUAUAUCAAUUGACGAGAUGGCUGGAGGUACAUUCACAAUAUCUAAUGGAGGUGUUUAUGGAAGUCUUUUGAGUACACCGAUUAUCAACCCUCCCCAGCUCUAUUUUUUCCCUCUUUGUCUUGCAGUCUGCUAUUUUGGGUAUGCACUCUAUCAUCAGCCGACCAAUGGUGGUUGAGGGCAACAUAGUCCCAAGGCCAAUGAUGUAUCUAGCAUUGACAUAUGACCACAGGCUGAUUGAUGGAAGAGAGGCUGUAUUUUUCUUACGCCGUAUCAAAGAUGUUGUGGAGGAUCCUCGACGCCUUCUCCUUGAUGUAUGAAGUUUCAGUUUGCUGGUAUAAAGGGAUGUAUUUUUACUCUACAAACCAGAAUAAAUAUCUCUGAAAUUUGUAGUGAACUUCUGAUAAUAUGCCUCAUGUUUUGCGAUAUGCAUGUGUGCUACAUUUCAUUAAGGUUUACAGGAUUAUGAGUAAAAUGGUUUACGCAUUCCACAGAUUCAAA